GUGAAGCAGAAGCUGUAAUUCACUAAUUCUUCUUGCGAACUCUCUGAAAGAUGCAGGCAAGUGAUAGGUUUAACAUAAAUUCUCAGCUUGAGCAUCUUCAAACUAAGUAUGUUGGUACUGGUCAUGCAGAUUUAAGCAGAUUUGAAUGGGCUGUGAACAUUCAGCGUGAUAGUUAUGCUUCAUACAUUGGUCACUACCCGAUGCUUUCUUACUUUGCAAUCGCUGAGAACGAAUCCAUUGGCCGUGAACGCUACAACUUCAUGCAGAAAAUGCUUUUACCUUGCGGCCUUCCUCCAGAAAGAGAAGACGAGUAAGAGCUUACAACAAGUGUGCGUGUGGCAAUUGUAAUCAGAAAACAUUCUACUUCUUAGAACUCCUCUUCUUAGCACUGCUGUGCCCAUGUAAUUGUCAAAAAGGCUUCUUCUUGUUUCUAGUUCAUAAUGCAGUUCUUGAUUGUAGUGUUCCGAAUCGAUUGAUACCGCGAUUGUUGAGCAUAAUCGAAACAUUUGUACUUCAGUUACUGAAUGAAAAA